AUUGUGGUUCAUGGUGUUGCGGUUCACUUUUGUAUGAUUUUUUCCGUUUUUAGCAUUAGUUAAACGCCCAACCACCUACCCAGCCAGCGAUCAAGAUGAGUACGAUACUGGAAAAGAUCGCUCAAAUCGAGUCCGAGAUGGCUCGUACUCAGCGAAACAAGGCUACUGCCGGACAUCUGGGAUUGCUGAAGGCUCGGCUGGCGAAGCUGCGCCGUGAACUCAUCACACCGAAGGGUGGCGGCGGUGCCUCCGAGCAGGGCUUCGAAGUGUCGAAGACCGGUGAUGCCCGGGUCGGGUUCGUCGGGUUUCCCUCGGUCGGCAAAUCGACGUUGCUCUCCAACCUGGCCGGUGUCUACUCGGAGGUGGCCGCAUACGAGUUCACUACGCUUACGACGGUGCCGGGCUGUAUCAAGUAUAAGGGCGCCAAGAUUCAGCUGCUCGACCUUCCCGGUAUCAUCGAGGGUGCAAAGGACGGCAAGGGUCGCGGUCGGCAAGUUAUUGCGGUGGCCCGGACCUGUAACCUUGUCUUCAUGGUGCUGGACGUAUUGAAACCGUUAACACACAAAAAGUUGCUCGAGCACGAGUUGGAAGGGUUCGGGUUGCGGUUGAACCAACAACCGCCCAAUAUUUCGUUCCGUCGAAAGGACAAGGGUGGUGUCAAUUUGAACGCCACCGUCGCCCAGUCUGAGUUGGAUCUGGACACGGUGAAAACGAUCCUGUCCGAGUACAAGAUUCACAAUGCGGACAUUACGCUCAAGUACGAUGCCACGGCCGACGAUCUUAUCGACGUGAUCGAAGGCAAUCGAAUCUACAUCCCGUGCAUUUAUCUGCUAAACAAGAUCGAUCAAAUUUCGAUCGAAGAACUGGACGUGAUCUACAAAAUCCCACACUGCGUACCGAUCUCCGCUCACCAUCACUGGAACUUUGACGAUCUGCUGGAAAUGAUGUGGCAAUACCUGCAACUUGUGCGAAUUUACACCAAACCGAAAGGACAGCUGCCGGACUAUAGCUCACCCAUCGUGUUACACCAUGAACACACAUCGGUUGAGAGUUUCUGUAACAAAUUGCACCGAACCAUUGCGAAGGAAUUCAAAUAUGCCCUCGUGUGGGGCUCAUCGGUGAAGCAUCAGCCGCAAAAGGUUGGCAUCGAUCACGUGUUGAACGACGAGGAUGUGGUGCAGAUUGUGAAGAAGAUCUAAGCCACGCCAGCAGGAAUUGGAAUCGGAAUCAUAUGCUGGGACCCGUAUCUGCGGAACUGAGGUUCAUCAAAGUUCGAUGAAAAGAAUGUGAGAGCAAAAGGCAGAUUUUGCUUCGCCAACGACACAGCGACAGCUUCUUAUGCAUUGAACGUGCACAUUUAUCGUUUUUACCUGUCCUGUUAUGUUUUCCCAUGGUUUUGCUGUUUUUUCUGUCCAUGAUACAUCCGGCAGUAACAAAGAGAUUGAGUGAGGCAGACGU